UUGUGGUCCGAGAGCAGCAGGUGUCUUCGGCCGGCCGCUCUUCUGCUGGAACAUGUGUGUCUGCGUCUGACGGCGAGGGUGUGUGUGUGUGUGUGUGAGACUGUGUUUUGUUCCUCAGACGUCUGAUUCAUGGCGUGUCUGCUGCGCUGCGUGACAUGCUGCUCUCUUCAGCGGCCGGGGAGAAGACUCUUCCAGACCUUCCCCGUUCUGUUCGAUCAGCAGGCUCAUAAAGGUGUGAGAUAUAAAGAUGUGCUGGUGGGCGUUCCUAAGGAGAUCUAUCAGAACGAGCGGCGGGUGGCCGUGUCGCCCGCGGGCGUGGAGAUGCUGGUCAAGCAGGGCUUCAGGGUGCAGGUGGAGUCCGGCGCCGGACGCGAGGCCAAGUUCUCUGAUGAUCAGUACCGAGCCGCCGGAGCCCAGAUCACCGACACCAAGGGAGCCUUUGGAUCAGAUCUGGUCCUGAAGGUCCGAGGGCCGGUGUUGAACGAGGGUCUGAGGAUACACGAGGCUGACCUCCUGAAGCCCGGAUCCACGCUGGUCAGCUUCAUCUACCCGGCGCAGAACCCCGAGCUGAUGGACAGACUGAGCAGACAGCAGUGUACGGUGCUGGCCAUGGACCAGGUGCCCCGGGUCACCAUCGCACAGGGAUACGACGCCCUCAGCUCCAUGGCCAACAUCGCAGGGUAUAAGGCAGUGGUUCUUGCAGCUAAUCACUUCGGGAGGUUCUUCACGGGACAGAUCACCGCGGCAGGAAAAGUUCCUCCGGCGAAGGUGCUGGUUAUUGGUGGUGGUGUGGCGGGUCUGGCUGCGGCUGGAGCGGCUAAAUCAAUGGGUGCCAUCGUCAGAGGAUUCGACACCAGACCGGCGGCGCUGGAGCAGUUCAAGUCGUUCGGAGCUGAGCCGCUGGAGAUAAACAUCGCUGAGUCGGGUGAAGGAGUCGGAGGAUACGCUAAAGAGAUGUCUAAAGAGUUCCUGGAGGCCGAGAUGAGUCUGUUCUCCAAACAGUGCAAGGACGUGGACAUCGUCAUCAGCACGGCUCUGAUUCCUGGGAAGCGUGCUCCGCUGCUGAUCAAGCGUGAGAUGGUGGAGAGUAUGCGGGACGGCUCUGUGGUGGUGGACCUGGCGGCGGAGGCGGGAGGGAACAUCGAGACCACCAGACCCGGAGAAGUGUACGUCCAUCAGGGCGUGACACACAUCGGCUUCACGGAUCUGCCCAGCCGUAUGCCCACCCAGGCCAGCUCGCUCUACUCCAACAACAUCCUCAAGCUGCUGAAGGCCAUCAGCCCCGACAAAGAGUUCUUCCACUUCCAGCCCUGCGACGACUUCGACUACGGGACGCUGGAUCACGUGAUCCGAGGGACGAUGGUGAUGAAGGAAGGUAAGAAUAUUUUCCCCGCGCCGCUGCCGAAAACCACUCCGCCGCCGGCUCCCGCUAAACACAAGACCGUCGCUGAGCUGGAGGCUGAGAAACAGGCCGAAAUCUCUCCUUUCAGACGCACCAUGACAUCAGCGGGAGUCUACACCGCAGGUCUCUCGACCGUGCUGGGUUUGGGUAUCGCCUCUCCUAACGCUGCCUUCACUCAGAUGGUGACGACCUUUGGCCUCGCAGGAAUUGUGGGAUAUCACACGGUGUGGGGCGUGACCCCGGCGCUGCACUCGCCGCUGAUGUCAGUGACCAACGCCAUCUCAGGUCUGACGGCGGUGGGGGGGCUGGUGCUGAUGGGUGGAGGUCUCACACCUUCAUCUGUCCCUGAAUCUCUGGCGCUGCUCGCUGCGUUUGUGUCCUCCAUCAACAUCGCAGGUGGGUUUCUGAUCACGCAGAGGAUGCUGGACAUGUUUAAGAGGCCCACAGAUCCUCCGGAGCACAACUAUCUCUACUCUCUGCCCGGCCUGGCGUUUGUGGGCGGAUACGGGGCGUCUGUGGCCGGAGGAUACAGCAUCGAGCAGAUGAUGUACCUGGGCUCCGGUGUGUGUUGUGUGGGGGCUCUGGCCGGUCUCUCCGCUCAAGGCACCAGUCGUCUGGGGAAUGCUCUGGGGAUGAUCGGGGUGGCUGGAGGAAUCGCUGCUACUCUGGGCGCUCUGAAGCCCUCUCCUGAGCUCCUGUCACAGAUGUCUCUGGCCAUGGCCACCGGAGGAACUCUGGGUCUGACCAUCGCCAAGCGCAUCGAGAUCUCGGACCUGCCUCAGCUGGUGGCUGCGUUCCACAGUCUGGUGGGUCUGGCUGCGGUUCUGACCUGCGUCGCCGAGUUCAUGAUCGAGCAGCCGCACCUGGACACUCACCCGGCCGCCGGCGUGCUGAAGAUCGUGGCCUAUCUGGGCACCUACAUCGGAGGAGUGACCUUCAGCGGCUCUCUGGUCGCCUACGGAAAGUUACAAGGUUUAUUGGACUCGGCUCCUCUGCUGCUGCCAGGUCGUCACAUGUUAAACGCGGGUCUGAUGGCAGCGUCGGUGCUCGGGAUGGUGCCCUUUAUGAUGAGUGACAGCUUUAACACAGGCAUGGGCUGCUUGCUAGGCGUCUCCGGCCUCUCCACCGUCAUGGGUGUGACGCUCACCGCCGCCAUCGGAGGAGCUGAUAUGCCGGUGGUGAUCACGGUGUUGAACAGUUACUCCGGAUGGGCGCUGUGUGCCGAGGGAUUCCUGCUGGACAAUAACCUGAUGACCAUCGUGGGCGCUCUGAUCGGCUCGUCCGGUGCCAUCCUGUCCUACAUCAUGUGUGUGGCCAUGAACCGCUCGCUGCCCAACGUCAUCCUGGGAGGAUACGGAACCUCGUCCACCGCCGGCGGGAAGCCCAUGGAGAUCACCGGCACACACACCGAGGUCAACGUGGAGCAGUCCAUCGAGAUGAUCAGAGAGGCCAACAGCAUCAUCAUAACACCUGGCUGGGGUCUGUGUGCGGCCAAGGCUCAGUAUCCCAUCGCUGACAUGGUGAAGAUGUUGAGAGAACAGGGCAAGACUGUGAGGUUCGGGAUUCACCCGGUGGCGGGCCGCAUGCCCGGUCAGCUCAACGUUCUUCUGGCCGAGGCCGGCGUCCCGUACGACGUGGUUCUGGAGAUGGACGAGAUCAACGAAGACUUCCCAGAGACCGACCUGGCGCUCGUGAUCGGAGCCAACGACACGGUCAACUCGGCCGCUCAGGAGGACCCCAACUCCAUCAUCGCCGGGAUGCCCGUGCUGGAGGUCUGGAAGUCCAAACAGGUGAUCGUGAUGAAGCGUACUCUGGGUGUGGGAUACGCGGCGGUGGACAAUCCCAUCUUCUAUAAGCCCAACACGGCCAUGCUGCUGGGAGACGCCAAGAAGACCUGCGACAGCUUACAGGCCAAGAUCAGAGAGGCCUAUUAUUAACACACAGCUUUAUUACACACUGAAGUGCCUUAAAAACAAGAUGCCAAUCAGUGAAUGCAUGCGGCUUUUCACUUGUAAAUAAAAGUAUCUCACUGAGA